AGGCGGCCAUCAAGAAGGCUUAUCGGACCAAGUCCUUAGAAUAUCAUCCGGACAAAUGCUCCGAUGACAAGGCAGAAGGAUCCUUUCUUUACAUGGUUUUGAAGAAGAAGAAGAAGAAGAAGGAGGACGAGUGUCAGACCAAGUUCAUCGAAGUCUCCACGGCCUACGAGGUCCUCUCCGACGCCGAGAAGCGCAAGGUCUAUGACCAGCACGGAGAGGAAGGCCUGAAGGAAGGGCACCAGUCCAACGAGCAGGCCAAGGCCAUGUUCCGGCAGUUCUUUGGGCGGGAGCCCGACGGCAACGUUCGCAUCAUCCGCCGCGGGGGUCAGAUGAUGUUCACUGAAGAAGGAGAGCCUGGACCAAAGGAAGAUAUCUAUGGAGACACCAAUGUCACGGAGCUGAACAAGGACUUGUACAAUUCUCAGAUCAAUGAUCGCAUUGAACCCUGGAUCGUGCAGUUCUACAAGCCCAACAAUGACGCCUCACGGGAGGUGAGAGAGGAGUACGUGAAGUUUGCGGACACCUUCAAGGACUUCCUGAACGUGGCGUCGGUGAAUUGCCGGCAGCAGCGGGAGGUGUGUUCGCAAGCCUCCAUCAAUGAUUUUCCUGCUGUUCGAUGGUUCGGAGAAGACAAGGGAACUCCGCCCGAGAUCUUCGAUGAGGGGGCGCUAACGGCCAAGAACCUGGGCAAGUGGGCCAACACCAUGAUGCCAGACUACACGCAGCUCCUGCAGGAGAAGCACGAGCUUCGAAAAUGGCUGGACAACGUGAAAGGGCCCCACAUCAUCCUCUUCACAGAUAAGAGUGCAUCGCCACCCAUGUGGAAGGCCCUGAGCCGAGAAUUCAAGAACCGCACGGCGCUGGCCACGGUGCCUCGCUGCGACAAGACGGGCGUCUUUAAGCCGCCCUUGCAACGCGAGUACGACGUGCGGAUACCGCAGGUGAUUCGGAUCGAUCCCCUCGAUGAAACGGGCAAGGUCACCGAAAAGUUCACGCUCACCUUGAAAAAGGAAUCCAUCAGCCUGUGGCUGCUGAAAGCCAUUGCUCUGGGCAAGAAGGCCGGGCCCCAGGCCACCUUCAAGGAGCUCUCGAAGGAACGCCUCGAGGCGGGCGACUGUGGACCUUCGGACAGCCAGUUCUGCUUUCUUUGGCUCAAGGCCGGUGCAGAUCCCGCCGUGGAGGAGGCCACUAGGCAGUUGGCGCAGAAGUACCGCACCGACCCCAUCAAGAUGAUGUGGGCCAACGUGGAGCUGAAUCCGUCGAUCUUGGAUGCCUUCUCUUUGCAUGACAGUGAUGCCACUGACUUCUUUGUGGCGUACCGAGCGAAGAGAUCUCGCUUCAAGGUGCACAGUGGGCCUUUGCGCUUCCACGAGUUGGACGCCUUCGUGGAUGGCGUGAUCAACGGUGGUCCACUGGAGCAGAAACUACAGGUUCCGAAACUGGAGCUUUGAGGCGUGGCGCACGAGCUUCGCACCACCGCUGGACGACAAAAAAGAGGGGUCAACAGUUGUGCAAUUUUGGA